GAUUUCCAGUUCCAAUUAUCAUUUAGUAAAGCAUAUAUAUGAUAGCAACCGAUAUAUUCACAUAAAAAAAAUAUUUCGUUAGCUGUGCAUGACUUUUAAUAUAUUUUAUCUUUUCGUAAUAAUGAAUACUCGUUUUUAGCUUCAAGUAAUAUUCUUUUAAAUCGUAUUGUGGAUUGUAUGAAAUUAUAAAAAAUAAAUUUACAAAAUAAUUACAUUUUCUAUCGUUUAUUAUAAAUAUUAAAAUAAAAUGAUAAAAGCAAGGAAAUUUAUUGUGUUAAAACAUUUUAAUGGAAAACCGAAAAAAUCAGAUUUACAAUUAAUUGAAGAAGAAUUACCUAGUCUUCAGAAUGGAGAAUUCCUUAUUGAAGCGGAAUAUCUUUCCUUGGAUCCUUAUAUGCGAGUUUAUAUGCUAAGAUAUCCAAUAGGUUCAACAAUGAUUGGCUCGCAAGUAGGCAAAAUCAUUGAGUCGAAGAAUCCAAACUUUCCAGUGGGGAAAAAGAUCAUUGCUGAUGUCGGUUGGAGAUCGCAUACAAUUAUAAAUCCAUUUCGUUGUAAUGUAGAAUAUGAAUUCAGGAAACCAAGGCUACUUCCUGAUAUACAAGACUUGCCAAUGUCGUUAUAUUUAGGAGUAUUAGGAAUGCCAGGAAAUACAGCCUAUUUUGGUCUUUUGGAAAUUUGCAAGCCAAAGAAAGGUGAAACUCUUGUUAUAAGCGGAGCUGGAGGAGCUGUUGGUUCUCAUGUUGGUCAAAUAGGAAAAAUUCUUGGGCUUACUGUCGUUGGUAUUGCUGGUUCAGAUGAAAAAUGUAAAUGGCUUGUGAAAGAGCUUGGUUUUGAUCAUGCUGUUAAUUAUAAAGAAGGAAAUCUUGAUGUUGCUUUGAGGAAAGCUGUACCAAAGGGAAUCGAUUGCUAUUUUGACAAUGUUGGAGGAGAUAUUUCUAGCAUUGUUAUGUAUCAAAUGAAACUCAACGGUCGCGUAGCUGUUUGUGGAUCUAUUUCUUCGUAUCACGCCGAUGCUUCAUCGUUACCAAAAGCGACGAUUCUUCAACCAACAAUGGUAUUUAAUGAAUUAAAGGUAGAAGGUUUUUUGGUCUCUCGUUGGGACAAUCGUUGGAACGAAGGUAUAGAAAAAAAUCUUCAAUGGGUGCGCGAAAAAAAAAUUCGUUAUCGCGAAACCGUUGUAAAGGGUUUCGAUAAUAUGUUUGAUGCAUUUGUUGACAUGUUAGAAGGAAAGAAUAUUGGCAAAGCUAUUGUUCAAGCUUGAAGAAAAAAAAAAAAUAUUGCGAU